GAGCGGUUGGGCAACAUGGCGGCGGCGGCGGCGGUGGCGGUAGAGGCGACGAGCACAGCGGCGGCGGCGGCGGAGGAGGAGGAGGAUGGGGGCUACGGAGAUGGGGAGCGGCUGGAUUUCCUAAAGGAGCGACACGUGCGGUUCUUCCAACGCUGCCUUCAGAUCUUGCCGGAGCGCUAUUCGUCCCUGGAGACCAGCAGGUUGACAGUUGCCUUUUUUGCACUAUCUGGUCUGGAUAUGCUGGAUUCCUUGGAUGUGGUAAAUAAGGAUGAUAUAAUAGAAUGGAUUUAUUCCCUACAGGUCCUUCCCACAGAAGACAGAUCAAACAUGCAUCGGUGUGGAUUCCGUGGUUCUUCAUAUCUAGGAAUGCCGUUCAAUCCAUCCAAGGCUCCUGGUGUUUCUCAUCCCUAUGAUAGUGGACACAUAGCAAUGACUUACACAGGCCUCUGCUGCUUAGUUAUUCUUGGCGAUGACUUGAGCCGAGUAAAUAAAGAAGCAUGCUUGGCAGGACUCAGAGCUCUCCAGCUGGAAGACGGGAGUUUUUGUGCAGUCCUUGAAGGAAGUGAAAAUGACAUGAGAUUUAUAUAUUGUGCUGCUUGCAUAUGCUACAUGCUGAAUGACUGGUCAGGGAUGGACACAAAGAAAGCCAUAGACUAUAUUCGACGAAGCAUGUCUUAUGAUAAUGGACUUGCCCAAGGAGCUGGACUUGAAUCUCAUGGUGGCUCUACAUUUUGUGGUAUUGCAUCACUGUGCCUGAUGGGUAAACUUGAGGAAGUCUUCUCUGAGAAGGAACUGGACAGGAUAAGGAGGUGGUGCAUAAUGAGGCAACAGAAUGGCUACCAUGGCCGACCAAACAAACCUGUAGACACCUGCUACUCUUUUUGGGUAGGAGCAACUCUUAAGCUUCUGAAAAUAUUUCAGUAUACAAACUAUGAAAAGAACAGAAAUUACAUUUUAUCAACUCAAGAUCGCCUUGUUGGUGGAUUUGCUAAAUGGCCUGAUAGUCAUCCAGAUGCUCUGCAUGCCUACUUUGGCAUAUGUGGCCUGUCUUUAAUGGAUGAGUCUGGCAUUCGCAAGGUUCACCCUGCCCUGAAUGUAAGCACAAGAACCUUCGAGCGCCUUCAGCACCUUCAUCAGAUUUGGGGAACUAAAGACUGUAAACAGUGUUCAGCGGAAGUGCCUAGUGCCACAUGACUAAUGGAAACUCCAGUUGAGUUUGGUAGCAUAAUUGUAGCCCAGGGUUAAAAGCCAUGUAUAACCAAUGUGCUCUUUUUUAAAGUGGUGGACUCAUGCAAUCAAAUUCAUGAUGCUAGCAUCAUUUUGACAGCAAAUGGCCUUCAGCUGGGAUUAAAAAGAAAUUGCUUGCCCCUACAGACAGUGUAACAGAAUUGGUUUCCAAGAAUUCCUCUGAAGCAAAAUUAAUUAUUUAGUUCUAUUAUAUCACUUUGAACAGUGCAAUGGCAAAGUGUAACAAUAGUAAAAAGGAUCUUUAAAAUGUAUUUACGUAUUUUCAUACUGAGCUGCUUGAAUUUAGUGACACUUAUUUGAAACUUCGUCUAAAAAUCUUUCAAAUUGCAUCUUGAUCUCUAAAAUGUGUUCUUUUCAGGUAGUGGAAAAUCUAUAACCUUUGUAAAAAAAUAAAAUAAAAUUAUUUUAUUCAUUG